CGCCUCCCCAGCGAGACUAGGACGCGGACUCCGCUGCGCAUCGGGGGUGCGGGCCGGUGCUCACGCCGCCGCCACUGCCGCCAUCCUCGCGUACCUCGCCCCCGAGGAAAUCUCUCGAUCUCCUUUCUCCUCCAGUCCUCCCGCUCCUCCCUGGCCAGCACAAGCAGAAGACUUCGACGGCGCGACUCGUGGCCGCCGGCUCCUCGUCCGGGCUCCUGCGGCCCCCCUCUUCCCUCCUCUACAAGGCGGCGGCGCCCUGGGACGGGGGCGUCGUGCGCGUCUACAGCUCCGACGACUUCCCUGCUGCGUGGCGCCUCCGCGUCUUCCUCCUCUACAAGGCGGCGACGCCCCUCCACUUCACGCCUUCCAAGGUGGCCCCGCUCGACCGCCCCCUGCUCGGCCGCCGACCCGGAGGUCUGCAAGACCCUGUCCUCGCCGCCUGCCGUUCAACUUCUGCUGCCGGUUGCUAGCUCAGGAAAUCAUUCCAAGUGUUACCUAGGGGAUAUGCAGAUUUAAAGAGAAUCAGAAGACUGAAGUUCUGGCUACUGGGCUGUGUACUUAUUAAGAGAUCGGAGCUCGUGCAGUGGCCUGUCGCUCUACCGUUCACCUCUGCAGCAGGCUUGCAGGAAUCCAAAGGGCUCCUUUGAUCAGCUCUGGUUUGAUGUUGGUGGUUUCUGCUUGUCAGAUCACUCCAAGGUAAACCUAAUGUCCAUCACUGUUAUGCCCGUCGGAUCACAGUUUGUAUGCUCUGGAAUUUCUAUCCUCUAUACAGCUGAGCUAUUUAGCUUCCAUCGGUUUGGCCUGAAACUCUUGGUCGUUACUCUCUACGAUCGAUGAAUAUAUGAUGAAUAUUGUUAUUGAUUGGCAGUUUUACAUCUUUUUACACUUGAUUUUUUUUACUCCCGUAGCAACGCACGGACAUUCAACUAGUUAAAAGAAAAGGCCGGUCGCCCAGUGGUGUAGGUGUUGAGCCGUUCGUUCAGGUUGGGUCGGUCUCGGUCCCAGACCUCCGAUUGCCGAUGGAUCUCCUCUCUGCUGCGUACGGCGGCGCUACCUCUGACGAGGACGACGACGAGCCGCCCUCCUUCCCGCCAGUCGCCACCGCCCUCAACUCCUUCGCACCACCUCCCGUAAAGCGGCCGCGGUGGGAAUACCAACCAUGCCUCCCCCCACCCUCGUCCUUCCCGCAGCCGCCCCUACCCAAAGCAGCGCCGCUGCCGACAUCUCCAGCCAGCGGCAGGUACAUCUCCAAGAGGCAGCGCGCCCUCCUGGCUGCAUCUCGAGCACCCGUGGACGCCGCAUCACUCCUUCCUCCGCAGACGACAGCAGAGGUCGAUUCCUCAGUUGGCUCCAUCACUGAUUCAAAUCUGCGAGCUGACAUUUUGCAUUCCUUGCGAUGCCAACCAAAGCCUGGCUCUAGCAAAAGUUUGCCUUCAAAGCUCUCGGUUUCUUUGAAGGGUCACACAAAGGCAAUAAAUUGUAUAGAUUGGUCGCCAACUCAUGCACAUCUACUCACUUCUGCUGGAAUGGAUCAUACAGUCCACGUAUGGAACGUAUGGGACAAAGGGAAUACUACUGCUUGUGUUUUGAAGCAUCACACUGCUGCUGUAAAGGAUGUGAGGUGGUCCCCUCAUAACCUCUCUUUACUUUCUGGAGGGCUUGAUUGUUCCGUACAGUUAAUUGAUGUUGUGGAAGGAAAGGUAAUCAAAGUAUUCAAGGAAGAUCAAGCUGUGGAGGUUAUCAAGUUCAACCCAAGUAACCCCAAUCUCUUCCUAUCUGGUGGGUCGAAGGGUUCUCUUAGGCUAUGGGAUAUUCGAAGUGGUCUGGUAACAAAAGAAUUUCAUAGAAGUCUUGGGACCAUCCUUGACAUCGAAUUCAGUGCUGAUGGGAGACAAUUUAUCUCUUCAACGGACACAACCAGAAGCAAUAUUAGUGAGAACACUAUAAUUGUCUGGGAUGUCCUGCGACAAGUUCCAUUAUCUAAUCAGGUUUAUACUGAAGCAUUCACAUGCCCAUGUGUAAGAUAUCACCCGCAUGAAGCAUCUUUUGUUGCACAAUCGAACGGGAACUACAUUGCUAUUUUUUCAGCAAGGCCACCCUUCAAGCUGAACAAGUAUAUGCGGUUUGAAGGACAUGGAGUUUGGGGUUUCCCGAUAAAGUGCAAUUUUUCUCCAAGUGGAAGAGAACUUGCAUCCGGUUCGUCAGAUGGAUCCAUUUACUUUUUUGAUUAUAAAUCAGCAAGGCCUUUACGGAAAAUCGAAGCAUUCAAAGAAGCCUGCACUGAUGUUGUAUACCACCCUGUAAUACCAAAUGUGAUUGCUUCAUGUGGCUGGACUGGUGAAAUAUCUGUUUUUGAGAGAUGAUAUAAUGCUCGGUACGGAAGUAAUGUUGAGUGUUGCACGGCAAACUUUUUAUGCUCUAA